AUGGGCUGCGGUGCCAGUGUUCCUGGCUCUCGAGCCCUCAUGCUUCAGCAGAAGAAUUCGCGGGUACCCCUGCGGCGAAUACAAUCCGGGUCGGUGUUGGAGCAGCAAAAGGACAAGGUUAUGUGGCCGAGAAGACAAACGAAUCCGUCGUUGGGAUGUAAGUCAUGUUUUUACUAAAGAUUUGAUGAGGUUUUGGGCAGCUUUAAAAACCGUAUAUAUUAUGCGGGCAAGUUUAGAAAUCAGUCAACAUUUGCUUACAAUAGGAAAUCCUAACCAUGAACUUGGCAGUUAUGUGUUGCGAAUUAAAUUUCCAAGUGCAUAAGUGGCUUAGAUAGUUACCAUGAGGUUAACCAGGCAUUUUUAAAAGUUCAUAAGACAUUUUUUUGAAAACAAACUCAUAGCUUUGAAAGCGGUGGAUAAAUUCAAUUGAUUCGUGUAUUUAUCUGUACCAGGAAGUUGCCAAUGCAGAAUUUCUCUUAUACUACGUAGCUUACGGUAGAAAAAUUGUAGUUCUAAGCGGCUAGUGUCUGCUGCCCGCAAAAUGGUUGCCCGCGAAAAUCGCGGCGCCCGCAGCGGCUACUGCGGCUUAAAUAUCUGAUUUCUGACUUUUCAGUUACGCGAACGCCUGUGCUGCGAAGCCGAGACGACAAUGGGAACGAUAAGGGUUUCUGGAAGAUUCGGCGAAGACCAAAGAAUAGUAUGCUGCUUGUAAGUUUCUCUCGCCUUUGCAAUUGUCAUGCUUCCUUGUUUUUUAUGUAAUGCCAGCUUUCGGCAUAAUCGAGAAAAUCUGAAAACAACCGCAUUAGGAAGCUUUGUUUUUUGAAGGCCGGAACUGACCUUAUGUACAACCAAGUUGGAUAAGCAAUGGCUACGGCCGGAUAUUAAGAAAUGGAAUUAGCGAUUGCUCUUUUUCUCCAGGGAUGAUGGACUAUAUGUCAACAAAAAUUGAUUAUUCCUAUGUGCAAAAAGAGCACUGUCUAACGAAAAAAUAACGAACAAUUUCAGCGGUGAGAACGGCCAAUUUUCAGCCAAAAUAGACUCUACAGUUUGGGGCUUGAUCCAGUGGCAAAAAAAGUAACAUUUUGCAUCAAGCCAACAUCAAAAAAUGUGGCAAAAUACCUCCCUCUCCAAGUCAAAAAGCUCAGAUUUCAAAAGCUUUUUGUAAGGAAAAGGGGGGGGGGCGUGCCCUUCAAGACGGAGUUUUUUCGCUUCGAGAAGGAUGCAUUUUGCCACAUUUUUGAUACUUCUCGGAUGCAAAAUGGAACGUUUUUUGCCCCAAACUGUAGAGACAAAAUUUGACAAAAACUUUUGAGCAAAAGGUUUUUUCAUCUUAAAAACGCCUUGUUUUCAGUGUGGCUACCUCAAAAACCAAUCCGCAUACGGUCGGAGGCAUCCCACUGACGCUGAAUGCAAGUUCAUCGAGCAGCGAGUGACUUCGGAGGCCCGACAGGAAGAGGAAUACAGCGAGGUUGAUGAUGCGGCGACCAAUUCGACAACAACUACGACCGUCUCAACCAGUUCGAGUGGGUCGAGGAAUUUCAAGCCGAGAAUAAUGGACAUUGAAGUGGAGAAGCCGGUGCGCGCGGCGCCCAUGAAACGGAGCUUCCUCCGUGGUGCAUUGGAUUACAAUAAAAAAUUGGCAGAGGUAUGUAGCGAUCGAGCAAAAAUUUGGAAUAGCAACGCUAGAGCGGUGGACUUGAUCCAGUGGCAAAGAACGUACCAUUUUGCACCCGGGAAGUACCAAAAAUGUAUCAAAAUACCUCCCUCUCCAAGUGAAAAAACUCCGAUUUCAAAAGCGCGCUUCAAAACGGAGUUGAUUUACUUGGAGAGGGAGGCAUUUUGCCAUAUUUUUGAUACUUCCCGGUUGCAAAAUCGUACGUUUUUUGCCACUGCAUCAGAUCCGCCACUGUAUCGCAAAUUCUAGUGCUUGUAUUAUCUGUUCUUUAAGAUCCGUGGUUACAAAGCGGCCGAUGCGAACAACAACACGGUAAAAGUGCUGACGAAGCAAAAGAGUUCGAUUACAAUGCCGGUGGAUGCCCCUAUUGUGCAACACAUUUCGAGGAGAGAGUUUCUGGAUGACUGGUGAGUUGUGUGGCUACAAAGAGCCAUGUGGGGCAUUCGAGCUUUUACUAAUUCUGCCCGUGCGUCAAGCCAUAAACACCUAUCAAUUAGUGAAGAUUCUAACAGGGGUAGUACCCCAAGUGCGACGCUCAGAUUUUGAUGACACUUGGCACAAAUUUAGAAUAUUUUUUUCUAAGACAUAUGUGAGAAUCCUAGCUCGCGCUUUGCAGAAACAACCGAGAUUUUUAUAUCGAAAGUCAGCGAAAAUUUGACACUUUUUGCCAAAUUUCAGCGCAAAAAGUUUCAUGCCUAUUUCUACCGUAGAGGGUAAUGUUUCCACAAAAAAAUCAAUUUUUUCCGCAUAAAACUAGCGAAGUUAUACAUAGCGACACGGCUGAGAUUUUUCGGCGCUACGACUUUUCGGGUCGACCACUCCUUCGAGUCGCGUCGAUUCGUCGCUGUAUGCGUGGCGCAAGCUAAGAAUUGGGAUUAAUUAGUGGAAAUCAUAAGAUUGAUCAGGUCCUAGGGUAGCCAAUGACAUAUUUUGGGAUAAUUUCAUGCACCCACAUCAAUAAUAAAACGUGUGAAAUACCCUUUUAUAAAUCUGAAAAGACAUUUCUACAACGCCAUACCAUAUUAUGUAUGUAUUUUUUAUAGCAUAGUUCUAUCUUUAGUAUUUUAAAAUCAACUGUAAAAUUUGUGAAAAUUGAUUACUUUUUUAACGACUUAAAAAUUUCAGCGGAAGCCUUGGCACACCUCCUCUUCUCACCCGCCGUGCUUUCACCCCGACCAGUCGCUCCAGUGUGCACGGCUCCAAGGAAACGCUGACUUCCGAGCGCUCCUUCAUCGUCCAACACAACACGUUCCGUGUCGCGUGGGAGAAGGACAUUUACCACGAGCGGAUCCGCGAGCAGCGCCGACGCAAAGGCGACAGCAUUGAGAGCGGCGACGGCUCGGAGAAUGAGGACGAGUUCGAGGGCGAAGAGCGACGGAAGAUGGAAAACAAGAACAUUUUGAAGCAACGCGCCGCCGAACGGACCAAACAGUGGAGCGCGGAGCUGGAGAAGAUUGUGAUUAUUGAUUGA